AUGGCCCACAAAGAAACUCGAUCACUCCCGGUCGAACUUAUCAGACGCGUCGCUGGAUUCUUGCCAUGCACAUCAGCCCUCAACUUGCUGCUCGUUAGCCGGAGACUACGCGACGCUUACAACGACAGACUAGUCUUCAAACACAUCGCCCAAACCUCACAUCUGGACCGGAUUGACCAGAGAUGGAAGUCUAGUGCGCUUUUCGACGAGAAGUCGUUGCUGGAGACAGAAGAAGCAGCGCUCGCAGUUGAAAAGCUGACAAGUUGGUGCACGGAGCCAACAUUUCCCAAAGCGGCGGAGGAUUUCGAUAGUCUGUUCGCUGCAUAUGACGCCUAUUCUUCAGAGCGAAAAAGGUCGUUCAAGCCCGGCAACUCCGAGGGCUGGAAGCACACUAAAGACUCGUACUACCUGCCGAAGGAGGGGGAGGUGUUUGAGGAGGUGUGUUGGGGCGCGCGGAUUUUCGAGGGUGUGGAGCCGGAUGCGGGGAAUGGGGAUGGGGGGGGUUGUACCGAUGCCGCUGCGGCGUUUACCACAGAGCAGAAGGACGCGGCGACGAAUCUAACCUGGCCCGUCUUUUCGCAGGUGACGACGGUUGAUGAAUGGGCUGCUAGUCUAGGAGAGACGUAGGCGUAAUGGAGUCUCCGGAGGGUAUUCAGGAUCUAUCAGUUGCUCAACCACGCUUCUCGUAGAGCCAAGCAACCUUUUACCAACCAAACACUAGCCGCAAGUCUUCACAGCUAAACGCAGCAGAUGAGUGCUGCCAUCACGUGCCCAUUUUCCAAGCCCAUCAGCAUCUUCAAGCCCCUGCCUAACCCCCCUAUUCUUUAUA